AUGCUGGCUUCUUCAGCAUUCAGACGACUCCCAGUGCGAAGAUUGGCCACGGGUGCUUUGGCUGUACGAGCACCGUCCUCAGCCAUCCGUCAACCGUUCCAUUCCUCUCCUCGACCGUCGACCCUCUACCGAAGUGCGCCCGCCAUGGCCUCCAACUUCUCGACCUCGUCCCCCGCGAAAUCCUCCCAACCCUCCAAAGCACCAGCCCAAGCCUACGACCCAGAAAUCCUGGACAUCGCAAAUUAUGUCCACAACUACAAUAUCGACUCAGACCUUGCCCUUGAUACCUCCCGCUAUAUCCUCCUCGACACCAUCGGAUGUGGCCUCGAAGCUCUUCGAUUCCCGCAAUGCACGGCCAUCCUUGGCCCUGUUGUGGACGGUAUCACAGUGCCCAACGGGACUCGCGUUCCCGGGACGCCGUACCAGCUCGAUCCGGUGAACGGGGCCUUCAACAUUGGAGCGAUGAUCAGAUGGUUGGAUUACAAUGACUGCUGGUUGGCUGCCGAAUGGGGUCAUCCAUCGGACAACUUGGGUGCCAUCCUGGCCGUGACCGACUGGAUAGCAAGGACCAAUCGAGCCGGGGGAAAUGUCGGCAAUGGCAAGAUCCCCACCAUCCGGGACGUGUUGGAGGGCAUGAUCAAAGCCCACGAGAUUCAGGGCUGCUUGGCUUUGGAGAACUCGUUCAACAAGGUCGGCCUCGACCAUGUGUUGCUUGUCAAGGUUGCAUCUGCGGCUGUCGUGAGCAAACUGCUGGGCCUGGAUGAGGGCCAGACUGCCGCCGCCAUCUCCCAAGCGUUUGUGGACGGGCAGGCCUUACGGACGUAUCGACAUUCGCCCAACACCAUGUCCCGCAAGUCGUGGGCGGCAGGUGAUGCCUGCCAAAGAGCCGUGAACCUUGCGUUCAAAGUCCAGCAGGGGCAGGCCGGCAUUCCCACGGUCCUUUCGGCUCCAGUGUGGGGGUUCUACGACGUUCUGUUCAAGGGCAAGAAAUUUGAAUUCCAGCGUCCAUAUGGCUCUUAUGUCAUGGAAAACGUCCUGUUCAAGGUGUCCUACCCUGCCGAGUUCCACUCUCAGACCGCCGUCGAGGCCGCUCAGAAGAUUUACAAGAUCCUUGCGGAUAUGGGCAAAUCCGCCAAAGACAUCAAAGAAGUGACCAACCGCACCCACGAGGCCUGCAUUCGAAUCAUCGAUAAGCAGUUCAAGCCCAUGGACAACUUUGCUGACCGAGAUCAUUGCGUGCAAUACAUGGUCGCCACCAUGUUGGUCUUCAACCGCCUGGAGGCCACCGACUACCUCGAUGGCAGCGAGGCUGCCACAUCGCCUCUGGUGGAGGAUCUCCGCAAGAAGAUCAAGUGUGUUGAAGACCCUCAAUUCACCAAAGACUACCACGACCCCAGCCUAAGAACCAUUUCCAACGCCUUGACUGUCACCCUCAACGACGGAACGGUCCUGCCCGAAGUGGUUGUCGAGGCACCACUUGGCCACCGCCUGCGACGAGACGAGGCCAAGCCUGAAAUCCUUGCCAAAUACAAGAGACACUUGACGCCUCAUUUUGCCGAGGAUAAGAUCAAACAGUUCGUCGAGCUCGGCACUGAUGCGUCGAAAUUGGACGACAUGGAAGUUGACAAGUAUGUGGAUCUUUAUGUCAAGGAGAAGAUGGAGUGGUAG